AUGUCGCGCAGACGAAAACGAGCAACAAACGAAACCAGGUGAAAAUAAAAGGGGAGAUGAGAGUAACAUUCAAGGAUUUGGUCAGCAGACAAGCAAGUUGCCACUUGUGGCUGCCACAAAUGCUCCUGUUUUUUCUAUUCACACUCCUAACUGAGGCAGCACCACAAAAGCAGCUGGAAACUCUCCAGGGACGCAUCAUCUCGGGCAAACAGGCAACAGCUGGACAAUUUCCCUGGCAGGUGAUACUCAAGCGCGAUGAAUGGGAUGAUCUACUGUGCGGUGGUUCCAUUAUCUCCGACAGUUGGGUGCUCACCGCUGGACAUUGUGCCUAUGGCAGAGAUUCGCUCUAUUUGGUGUUUGGCACCAUCGAACUGAAUGAUGACAGUGCACAGAGCAUGACAUCAACGAAGCUCUUUGUGCAUCCCAAUUACAAUGAUAAGAUGAACAAUGAUGUGGCAUUGGUGCAGUUGCCACAACAGCUCAUCUUCUCCAGCAAAGUGCAGCCCAUACAAUUGGUGUCCAGCUCACAAUCCGGAAAUAAUUAUGUUGGCACUCUGGCCACAAUUGCGGGAUUCGGACUCAUUGAUGAUGAGUAUCUGGAUUAUUCGCAAGUUCUGCUCUACGCCCAAGUGCAGAUCAUUGCGAAUGACAAGUGCUUGUCCAUCUUUGGAUCGAAUGUGGUGCUGGCGUCCACCAUGUGUGCCGAGGGCAAUGCGGGCACCAAUAUGUCCACCUGCAGCGGAGAUUCCGGUGGUCCCAUGAUCACCUACAACAGCAGUACAGGUCGUUGGGUUCAGAUCGGCAUCAAUUCAUUUGUCGCCGAGGAUCGUUGCACUACGGGAUUACCCUCGGGCUAUGUAAGGCUCACCUCGUUCCUGGACUACAUUGCGGAGACAACGGGAUUGACUCUCAGUUAAUUAUAAUCCUCCACAUCAUCAUCCACGUUUCCUUCUUCCACUUGAUAUCGCAAAUAAAGCGCAAAUACAUUUGUUUAUUACUCGAACCGCAGAAA